GUUCAGUUCCCUCACUCGGGUCGAUGAGGAGUUGCGCAGCAAAGCAGCCCAGGUUGAUGCCGACAAGGCUGCUGCUACGAGGAAGAGUGAGAAAAGCAGCGAUGCGCUGCAUCGACCAAGCUGCUGCCAAAGGAUAGUGGACACGCCCGCUUUCGACAUUCUCUUCGCAUUCUUGAUUCUGACCAAUGCGGUGUUCAUAGGGGUCGAGGUGCAGUACGGCUUGGACCAUCCUCAUGACGAGGACCAUUGGCUCUUCCAAUGGGGCAGAAACAUCUACACCAUCCUCUUCAGCUUGGAGCUCUUCAUCCGCCUGGGGGCACAAGGAAAGCUCUUCCUCUGCGGCGAAGAUCGGAGGUGGAACUGUCUCGACUCCAUCAUCGUGAUAGCUUCCUGGUGGGAGGCAGCCCUGGAGAUCCAGCUUUGGCUAACUGAAGACGGCUCGCGCAGCAACUUUGCCGGGAUCACCGGGAUACGCACAUUGCGUAUCGUCCGCAUCACGCGACUGGUGAAAGUGGCACGGCUGGCGCGGGUCCUCCGGUUUGUGAUGGCCUUGCGCACGCUGACGCAGUCCAUCAUCUACACGCUGAAAUCCCUGAUUUGGGCCAUGGUGCUGCUACUUCUCAUCGUGUACAGCUUCGGCAUUCUCUUUACCCAAGUUGUGGCAGAUAUCAUCUCUGAGCAUGCCCAGCUCAUCGAAGAGCAGGCUGGCUUAACCGUCGAGCAGAUCGAAGCCAAGUUGGAGGCGAAGAGGGUCGGCGAGCAGUACUUCGGGAGCCUCUGGAAAUCGAUGGUAAGCCUCUACAUGAGCAUCGCUGGCGGGGUUAGCUGGGAGCAGGUCCUCGUUCCUUUGGAGGCGAGUGGCUGGAUUUGGGUGAUCAUGUUCAUCUUCUACAUCGCGUUUUCGACGCUAGCAGUGCUCAAUGUGGUUACGGGCGUUUUCUGCCAAAGUGCUAUAGAGUCGGCACAAAGUGAUCAUGACAUGGUCAUCCAGUCCAUCCUCAACAACAAGGAAGCCCACAUUGAGAAGAUAAAGUUGCUUUUCACGGAGAUCGAUGCAGCAGAGAGCGGGGUCAUAACCUUCCAGAUGUUCCAGGAGCGGAUCAUGUCUCAGGAAGUCCAAACAUACUUCGAGUCCAUUGAUUUGGAUGUUUGGGAUGCAUGGACCUUCUUCAAGCUGCUGGACAUGGAUGCGGGAGGUGCCGUAGAAAUCGAAGAGUUCCUGCUGGGAUGCUUGCGCCUGCGGGGCAACGCAAAAGCGAUGGACAUUGCCAAGCUUUGCCAUGACCAGACGUGGCUGAUUCGGGAGCAAGCCCGUUUCUGGGAGUUCGUGGAGUCCGAGCUCUACCACAUGCAAGUCCAGAUGACUUCGAUGGCAGGACAAAGAACUAACUCGCGCUGA